CUACAGAACCUAGUCGCCUCGCAUGAAGCGAGGGAAAAAAUUAUAAAUUGAGGCGACUUGCGCUGUGUGCUCGCAUGUGCUUAUUUCUCGGAUAAGGUUUUCGAGACCCUUCGAUCGAAACGCGACAAUAAAAAUACAGGACUAUUUUAUAUAAAUCGUUAAUUAAAAUUACAUAAUCAUAAGCCGUACGUUUAUAAUAUUAACGUAUAAUAAAUAUUAAAUUCGCGCUGCAAAUUAAUUAUCCUUUGAACGAUGUUUGUUUAUUUCAAAGUGUUGUAAGCUGCAAAUCGAUUUAUAACGAAGAUGUCGUUGAAGAAAGAGUCUCGCACCGAUGUACAAUUUCAUCUGGCGGCGCUGCGGGGCGACUGCGAGAGACUUAAACAGUUGUUGGAUACUGGGAAAGUGCACAUCGACUCCAGAGAUCGGGAUGGCACCACACCGCUGAUUCUGUCAGCAGCGAUGGGGCACACGGAGUGCGUGAGGGAACUGUUGGCUCAGGGCGCCGAUCCCGCGUGCAGUAGAACGACAGGAACGACCGCGCUGUUCUUCGCAGCACAAGGCGGUUUCCUCGACAUAGCGUGCUUGUUACUGGACGCAGGCGCGGCCAUCGACGCGCCUAGUACGGACGGCGGCACUCCGUUGUUUGUGGCGUGUCAAUGCGGUCAUCUGUCAGUCGUCGAGGAGCUCAUACGACGGGGAGCCGACGUCAACUCUUGUAUGAAGGACGGCGCCAGUCCGCUGUUCAUCGCGGCGCAGAACGGGCACGAGGACGCGUGUCUGGCGCUGCUGGCGGGCGGCGCGCGCGUGGACGCGACUCGCAGCGACCGCGCGUCGCCGCUGUGGAUCGCGGCGCAGUGCGGGCACCAGCGGGUGGCGCGCGCGCUGCUCGCGCACGGCGCGCACGUCGACCGCCUGCGACAGGACGGCGCCACUCCGCUGUUCAAGGCGGCGCACAAGGGGCACGCCGCGGUCGUGGCGGAGCUGCUGCGACACGACCCGGAGCUCGGCCUGCUACCGAACGGGCAGUCGGCGCUGCACGGCGCGGCCAUGUUCGGGCAGCUGGCGUGCGUGCGGCAGCUGGCGCGGCGCGCGAGCCGUGACGUCACGGCGCCCACGCGCCUGCGCAACGCGAGCGGCCUCACGCCGCUGCAGGCGGCGGCCGCGGCCGGCAAGCGCGACGUCGUCGCCUACCUGCGCUCGCUCGAGCACACGUGAUGCUCGCGCCCCUCGCGCGCCCCCCCCG